AUGCUUGAUAAUGCGAACAGUGGAUGUCCUGAGCGUCACUGGUUUAAUUGUUCACGAACUACCACGACUCAACAUCGACAUUGCUGGUCUCAGUGGAGGGUGGGUGAUACCCUAAUAGAUAUUGUGUCGGUUACACAUUCUACUAGUCAGGAAAACCCAAAGAUGGGAGUCACUUUUCGGGUGUUGGCUUCAUUGGUUGGGAAUUACAUUGCAUCCAAACCGGGAAAUUUACUGACAGGUCAUUGCGACCGUAUUAUUACUCUGUACCUUUCAAUACAUAAUAAGCAACAAGUUGUUCUCUUCAGCACGUAUGCUCUAACUGUACAAAUUGACCCCAUGGAAAAGGAUAAAGAGAACUGCUCAUCGAGCACACCUCAAUCACUCAUCUUGCCCAGCAAGAAGCAUGCAGCAAACAUCAACGGAAACUUCGAGAAAUCAAAAGCAGGUGAUGGAUCAAUCUAG